AUGAAGAGUGAAGUGGAGCGGAGAGGAGCUACGAUAGGGAGUCUUAAUGAUAAGCUCAGUAGAACGGAGAAGUUUCUGGAACGUCGCGACAGACAGCUUAAAGAUAUGGGCAUGAGGCUUGAACAAGCACAGCUUGAUCAGGAAGCAGCUUCAAACAAAGCUGCCCAGCUGAGAGAACAACUGGACAACACUAACUCUGAGUUCGACAAGACGAAACAGACGCUCGUUAAUACGACCAAGGAGUUAAAGAACACAAUAGAUGAUGGUAACAGACUCCGUAACGAAGUGUCCAAGUUGACGAAGAUGGGUCUCCAGCAUAUGAAGAAGUUCCAGCUGUUGGAGCAGGCUAAGGCUGGCGUGGAGAUGGACAGAGAGAACCUGCGCCAGCAAGUGACUGUGAUGGAGAGAGAGAUCAUGUUGAGCAACAAACAGUCAGAAGCUGACCGGAGGGAGAUUGAGAACCUGAACAGGGAGAAGGAGAUCAUGAACAAGAACAUGCAGAAGAUACAGAACGAGGCGAUGGAAAACCUGCAGAUCAUAAACCGGCUUGAACAGAGACGGAAACAGCUUGAAACUGAGCUGGAUGUUAGCGGCGCGCAGCUGAACAAGCAGAGGCUGGUGGUGAGGCAGCUGGAAAAGGAUAAGGACAGAAUGCUCGAAGAAACUAUUGCUUUGAACGAAAAGAUAGACGAAGUAGCUGAGGAGGUUCGUUUACGUACGGCGGACAUUUUGGAUUUGAAGAAGGCUUUACGUGAGGAAUCGAUUAAGAGUAGGAAACUAUCAGUGGCUUUGGACACGACACGCGCGGAGAGAAACAUGCUGCAUAAGAAUUAUACUGAGGCUUUGGAUGAGAUACAGGACUUGAAACAGAAGCUGAAGAUGCUGGCGUAUCAGAUAGAACAGCUUAAAGAGGACAUAAGCGGUAAGGAGACCGGGCUUAAGUCGUGUGAGGGAGCUCUUUUGAAGUGUAACAAGAAGACGGAACAGCUUAAAUCUGAAGUACAAGCUGGACUCGGCAAGCUGUCUGAAGCGAAGGCUGACAUUACAGCUUUGAGGCAGGAGGAGGCACGGCUUAAUAGGAUCGUACAGGAAGGAGAUUCAGCAAGAGCGAAACUUAUGAAAGAAUUGGAAGGUUUGAUUAAUGAGAGGGACGUGGUGGGAGCUCAGCUGGUGAGGAGAAAUGAUGAGAUCUCACUCCUGUAUGAGAAGAUACGGAUACUAGAGGUCACGCUGCAUAGAGGUGAAAGACAGUAUGAACAGCGAGUUGAAGAUAUAAGACUGCUUCGACUAGAAAUAAUUAGACUGAGGAAAGAAAAGAACUUACUGUCGAAGGGCAUCGAAAACAUGACGGAUCUACGGCUAGAGGUGUUCAACUUGGAGCGUGAGUUGGGUCGCGAGCGUCUGCGGGUGCGCGCGCUGGAGGAGGCGCUCGAGACUCCGCUGAACGUGCACCGCUGGAGGAAGCUGCAGGGGACCGACCCCGAGAGUGUGCACCUCACGCACAAGCUGAGGCUCACGCAGAAAAAAGUCCUCGCCCAAAGCGAGAUGCUCGUUCUCAAAGACCGUGAGCUGAAGGAGACGAGGAACUUGUACAGCGCUGUGAAGGACAUGCUGGCCUUACAACCCAGCCCGGAAAUACAGCAAACGUUGAAUCGAACUCAACGUGCCCUAGUCCAGAGGACCAGCAAGAUGAAAUGUCUCAUCGCAGAGUUGAGCAUGCGUGAACGACAAGUGACGGACUUCAGACUGGAACUAACCAAAGUUAGCGACGAACUUCACUCAUACAAACAGAAGUAUUUUGAAAUGAAGCGAGCUCUUGAUGCUGAUGAAGCGAGGAGGCUGCGGGUCCCGUCACCAGCGCCGCGGAGAAAAUAUAACACUAGAUGCAUAUAUUUGGGUGACCUUAAAAUCGAUUAA